CAUUAUUCGAAGAAUUCAAGGUUGUAAAUGUUUCAUGCCUGUACAUUGGUCAAUUACAAUGCAUUUACACAUAUGAAUAUAUUUUAGGUUUGCCAUGCUGUGAACUUAUAAUGUGAUAUCAUUGAGAAUUUGUUUUUAUUCCACAAGACUAUGACUAUAAUCAUGUAGAGUUUAGUAUAAAGAAGAUGACGCCUCAUUUUGUAGCUCUGACACCCAUAAGAAGACGAUGUUUAAUCAUACUCUCUAUAGUAUUAGUACCAUGCGCCAUUUUAAAUCUUUUAUCACCAUCAGAAUUGCACGAAGAAACAGUUUUGCAAAAUAGUAUUGCAGAAUUGCAAGCUAGAUUGGAACAUUUACAUGCUAAAUAUGUUACAAGUCAAGAAGAAAUAAACCUGUUGUCACAUCAGUUAUUGCAAUUAAUAGAGAAUAAUCACAUUUUACCAGAUCUUCAAUUUCUACUUAACAAUGCUACAUCAAAUGUGACCAAUAUAAAAUUACCAUCUAUAUAUAAUUUUCUUCCUCAUUUUUUGAAUGACCCUAAUAGUUUACGUCCAGCAUUUGUUCAGAGUAAAGGCCGUACUGGAGUUAGUAUGGUACUAGGUGUACCAACAGUUAAAAGAGAGGUACAGAGUUAUUUAAUGGCAACACUUAAGAACUUAUUGGAUCGCAUGAAUCCUGUGGAAACAGCAGACACUUUAAUUAUUGUAUUAAUUGCUGAAACGGAUUUGGAAUAUGUAACAUAUGUUGCAAAGCAAAUUGAAGUUCAGUUUCCAGCUGAAUACGAAGCUGGUGUGAUCGAUGUGAUAUCUCCGUCUGCAUCUUAUUACCCGGAUUUAUCAAAAUUGCGUGAUACUUUAGGUGACGAUCACCAACGAGUAGUAUGGAGAUCGAAACAAAAUUUAGAUUUUGCAUUCCUUAUGUCGUAUGCACAGACAAAAGGAACAUUUUAUGUACAAUUAGAAGAUGAUAUUUUAGCUAAAAAAAGUUUUGUAACUACAAUGAAAUCUUUUGCUCUACAAAAAAUUGUAACAAAAGAAAAUUGGUUCGUUUUGGACUUUUGUCAGUUGGGAUUUAUUGGAAAGUUAUUUAAAUGUGCAGAACUGCCAUGGUUGAUCCAAUUUUUUUUAAUGUUUCAUAAUGAUAAACCAGUUGAUUGGUUAUUAGAUCAUUUGGUAUCAACUAAAGUUUGUAGUCUUGAUAAAGAUAGUAAACAUUGUAAAAUGGCUAAAGCAGAACUGUGGGUUCAUUAUAAACCCUCUCUUUUUCAACAUAUAGGAACACACUCUUCAUUGAAAGGAAAAGUACAGAAAUUGAAGGAUAAACAGUUUGGAAAAAUAACAUUAUAUUAUGCGCAUGAAAAUCCAGAAGCAACAGUAGAAACACAAAUUAAACCUUACAAACAAUAUACAUUACAAAAAGCCUACAAGGGUGAAUCAUUUUUUUGGGGCCUUUUGCCACAGCCAGGAGAUCAUUUGAAAUUCAAAUUUUCCCAUCCUAUUUUUAUAAAAAGGUACUUAUUUAGAAGUGGAAAUCCUGAACAUCCAUCUGAUAGAUUUUAUAACACAACAGUAGAAGUGUUUACAGAGAUAUCUGUAUCCUUGAAUAGAAAUAAUAAUGAUAUUACCGAAGAUGGUUAUAUUAUUAUAGGAAAAUUUGAUGCACUUGGGAUUGCUCAAGGAACAGUAAAUCCAAAAUUAGGGAAGGUAUUAAUACUUCGUUUGACUGUACACAGUGAAAGUGAAAAUUGGGCGAUAUUAUCCGAGAUUCAUAUAGUUGAAGAUCAUCCUAGUUGACCCCGGAAAAAAGCUUUUUCGACACCAUUUACAGGGA